ACUCAUCUUGGUACCUGAAGGGAAAAAAGAAUCCUUCUUGGUGCCUAGAGGAAAAAAAAGUAUUCCUCUGGGUGCUUGAAGGGAGAUUCCUCUUUAUGCCUGGAGAGACAAGUAUUACCCUGUGUCUGGAGAUUCCUCUGUGUCUACAGAAGCAUGCAUUACCCUUGGUAUCUGGAGACUCGGGAAUUCUCAAUGGUCCACAGAGAUAGUCACAGAUUUAUGGAGAGCAAAAAAGACUUCUUGCUUUCGGAAGAGGUUCCCUUGCUUUCCAGACAGGCAAGCAUUCCAGUUGGUGUCCAGAUUCCAGGAGAUUACAGUAUUUCACUUGAUGCAAGUAUUCCAGUCAUUUUCUGGAGAAUCAAAUAUUCUAUUUGUUUUACGGGAGUCUGAGGCAAAAAGUCUCAUUGCCUUCUGGAGAGGUUGAUGAGAACUUCCACUUGGCAUCCGGAAAUGUCAAUAUUCCAGGAAAUUACAAUAUUUCCCUUGAUGCAAGUAUUCCAAUCAUUUACUGGAGAAUCAAAGAUUCUACUUGUUUUAUGGGAGUCAGUGGUGUUUGAAGAGGUAAAAAGUGAAAAAAAAAACCCUUGUAGAGAGGCAUGCAUCCACUUGUCUGGAAAUGCAAAUAUUCUAGGAAAUUUUUUGUUUUAUGGAGUCAGAGGCAAAAAGUCUCAUUGCAUUCUGGAAAGGCAAGCAUUCCAUUUGGUGUUCAGAAAUACAAAUAUUCUAGGCAAUUCCAGUAUUUCCUUUGAUGCAAGUAUUCCAAUCAUUUUCUGGAGAAUCAAAUAUUCUAUUUCUUUUAUGGGAAUCACAGAUGUUGGGAAAGGCAAAAAGUCUCCUUGCCUUCUGGAGAGGCAAACAUUCCACUUGGUAUCUGGAAAUGCAAAUAUUCUAGGAAAUUACAAUAUUUCCCUUGGUGCAAGUAUUCUAAUCAUUUUCUGAAGAAUCAAACAUUCCACUUGUUUUAUGGGAGUCACAGGUGUUUGGAGAGGUAAAAAAGAAAAAAAAACUUGUCUUCUGAAGAGGCAUACAUCCACUUGUCUGGAAAUGCAAAUAUUCUAGGAAAUUCCAAUAUUUCCUUUGAUGCAAGUAUUUCAUCAUUUUCUGCAGAGUCAAAUAUUCUACUUGUUUUAUGAAGUCAGAGAUAAAAAGUCUCAUUGCAUUCUGGGAAGGCAAACAUUCCACUUGGUGUCUGGAAAUGCAAAUAUUCUAGGAAAUUCCAAUGUUCCCCUUGGUGAAAGCAUUCCAAUUAUUGUCAGGAGAAUCAAAUAUUCUACUUGUUUUAUGAGAGUCAGAGGAAAAAAGUCUCAUUGCCUUCUGAAGAUGCAAGCAUUCCACUUGGUGUCUGGAAAGGCAAAUAUUCUAGGAAAUUCCAAUACUUCUCUUAAUGCAAGUAUUUUGAUCAUUUUCUGGAGAAUCAAAUAUUCUACUUGUUUUAUGGAGUCAGAGGCAAAAAGUCUCAUCACAUUCUAGAGAGGCAAGCAUCAUUCUAGGUGAUUCCAGUAUUUCCCUUGAUGCAAGUAUUUCAAUCUUUUUCUGGAGAAUCAAAUAUUCUACUCUUAUGGGAGUCACAGGUGUUUGGAAAGGCAAAAAGUCACCUUGCCUUCUGGAGAUGCAAGCAUUUCACUUGGUGUCCGGAAAUACAAAUAUUCUGGGAAAUUGUAGUAUUUUCCUUGAUGCAAGUAUUUUAGUCAUUUUCUGAUGAAUCAAAUAUUCUACUUGUUUUAUGGGAGUCAGAGGCAAAAAAUAUCUCAUUGCCUUCUGGAGAGGCAAGCAUUUCACUUGAUGUUGAGAAAUCCAAAUGUUAUAGGAAAUUAGUGUCCAGACAGGUAAGUAUUCUGGAAAUUUGGCAUCCAGAGAAGAAAAUAUAUUUUGCCUGGUUUUUGAAGACUCAAUUUUAUCCCCACUUGGUUCAUGGGAUCACAAUUUUUUUUUUCUUGCAUGGUUUCUGGAAUCCACAAUGUACAUGGAGUUCCAUGUAUACAUUUUACGUGGAAUCUACAAUCUUAUAAACCCACUCAGGUUCCAGAAUAUAAUUCCCGCCUUCUCUGAUUGACUUCUAGAAUUUUUUUCCCCUCCAUUUGGUUUCUGACAUUGUUGUCCCUCCCUUGGGUUUCUAGAAUAUAAGUUGUAUUUAUUGUGCCUGGUUUCUGGAAUCUAUAAAUUUUUUCCCCUAUGCUUGGUUUCUGGAGCACACACCCACACACACACUCUCAUGUUUUUUUCCUCCCUAGUAGGAGUUGGCGGAUUUCCCCCCCCCCGCUUUGUUUCUGGAAUUUUGUCCUGUGCUUGAUUUCUGGAAUAUUAAUUUUUCCCUGCCUGGUUUUUAAAAUCUACAGUUUUGUCCUGUGCUUGGUUUCUGGAAUUUUUUUUCCCUGCCUGGUUUCUGGAAUCUCCUUUUUUUUAACCUGUUUUUUUUUCCAAAUCUACAAUUUUGUGUUGUGCUUGGUUUUUGGAAUAUAAAUGUUUUUCUCCUUUAUUUCUGGAAUAUAAUUUUUCCCCCACCUGGUUUUUGAAAUUUACAAGUUUAUGUUAUGCUUAAUUUCUGGAAAUAUUUUUUCAUGCUUGGGUUCUGGAAUCGUCAAUUUUUUUCCUGUGCUUAGUUUCUUCAAUUUUCUUUUUUCCUGCGUGGUUUCCAGAAUCUGCACAUUUUUUUCCCUGUGUUUGGUUUUUGGAGUCUGAUUCUUGUGUUUUUUCCCUAGUUUCUUGAAUUUUUUCAUCAGUUUUUCUCCCUGGAAGCUAAAAUAAAAGUUCCCUCUCCACCAUACUUGGUUUAAUGGGAUGUGGAUUUUCUCCCCUUAUUGUUUUUUUUUUUUUUGGAAUCUGCUUUUUCCACUUGAUGGCCAUAAGUACAGAUUCUUAAUUUUCUGUUGGUAAGUAUUGAUUGGUAAGUAUAAUACAAAUUUGUAAUUUUUUUUUGUGGCUUUGGUAAGUGCCACUUUUUCUCUAGGUACUGAUCACAACAUUUUUAUGUGCCUUCUGGGAAAUGAAGUCUUCUUCACGUUUUGUGGAAUACAAAUUAUUUGGCUGCUGGGAGACCCAACCCAUCCUCCUUGGUUUUAUGGAAUACAAGUUUUUUUCAAAAAUUUGUGGAAUGCAAACUUGUCUAUCAGCUCAGACAUCCAAUCAUUCCCUUAUUUCUUGUGGAAUACAAGCUUUCUUAAAAAUUUGACAGCUAGGCACUCUAAUCCUCCCUCCUUGGUUUCUGGAAUUAAUGGUUUUGUUUUAUUGGUGACUCUGGGAUCCAAUUCCCCUUGAUCUGUGGAAUACAAAUUUUUGAAAAUUGGUGACUGGAAGAGCCAAUCGCCUUUUUUAUCUGUGGAAUACAAAUUUUUAAAAUUUUCCAGCUGGUAGAUCCAGUCAUCCUCCUUGAUCUAGGAAAUGUAAAUGUUUUUGAAUUGGCAUUUGAAAGAUCCAGUCAUCCCUUUGAUCUGUGGAAUACAAGUUUAUAACUGGCAGCUGGGCAACAUAAUUGUCCUUUUUGGUUUUGUAAUACAAUUUUUUAAAAAAUUGGCUGAUAAGAUUUAAUCAACCACCUUUGUGGAAUACAAAUUUUUUCUUUUUGAUUUGGUAUCUGGGAGAUCAAAUACAAUUGUUAGUUUUGUUUUCUUUUGUUUUAAUUUGGCAGCUAGGAGAUCCAGUCAACCUCUUUGAUUUGUGGAAUACAAAUUUUUUAAAUUUGGCAGCUGGGAGAACUAAUCAUUUUCCCUGCUUUCUGCAAUAAGAUUUCCUCUCCCCCCGCCCCAAUUUGGCAGUUGGGAGAUCUCUUUUAGUUUGUAGAAUAGAAGUGUUGGGUUUUGGGGAGGGGGGUUUUGUUUUUGUUUUUCAUUUCAUAGCUAGGAGAGCCAAUCAUCCUCCUUGAUUUGUGGAAUACAAAAUUUUAAAAUGUGGCAGCCGGGACAUACAUCAUCCUGCUUCAUUUGUGGAAUACAAGUGUUGGGUUGAAAAUGAAAUUGGCCAUUAGGAGAUCCAAUCAUCCUCCUUGAUUUGUGGAAUACGAUAAUUUUAAAAUUUGGCAGCUGGGAGAUCUCAACGUUCCCCUUCAUUUGUGGAAUACCAAGUGUUGGUUUUUGUUUUUUGUUCCUUGUUUUUUCUUUCAAUUUGGCAGCUGGGAGAUCUCAACGUUCCCCUUCAUUUGUGGAACACAAAUGUUGGUUUUAUAGAAAAUUGGCAGCUAAAAGAUCCAAUCAUGUUCCUUGAUUUGUGGAAUACAAUUUUAAGAUUUGUCAACUGGGAGAUCUAAUCACCCCCCUUCAUUUGUGGAAUACAAAUUUGGUUGUUCUGUUUUGCAGCUUGGAGAUCUAUUAGUCCCCUCUUAUUUGUGGAAUAUAAUUUUUAAAAAUUGGCAGCUGGUUGAUAUAAUCUUGUUUUGUGGAAUACGAGGUUUUUUGUUUUCCUUUUAUUUUUCAUCUGAGAGAUCUAAUUAUCUGGUGUUUUGUGGAAUACAGGGUUUUUUCCAUUGGUAUCUGGGAGAUCUAAUCUGUUUUGUGGAAUACGAGGCAAUUUUUUUCCACUUUGGCAUCUGGGAAAUAUAAUCUAUUGUGGAAUACAAGGUUUUUUCCUAUUUGGCAUCUGGGAGAUCUAGUCCUCUCAUUUUGUGGAAUAUAAAUUUUUGUUUUAGUUAUUACAUUUGGCAUCUGGGAGGCUCUAAUCUGUUGUUUUGUGGAAUACAAGGUGUUUGUUUUUUUCCAUUUGGCAUCUGGGAGAGGUAAUCAUUCCUCGUUGGUUUUGGAAUAUAAGUGUUUUGUUGGGUUUUUUUCCUCCACUUGGCAGCUGGAAGUUCUAAUCACCUUUUAUUCAUGGAAUAUAUUUUUUAAUUUGGCAGCUGGGAGAUCUCAUCGCCUUUCUUGUCAUGUGCAAUAUAAAGUUUUUAAAAUUUGGCUACUUUGAGAUGUAAUCAAUGUCACUGGUUUGUGUAACAGAAGUGUUAUGUUUUUGGUUUUUUUAAUUUGGCAAGGAAUGUUUUCGUUGAUUUUGGUGGCUGGUCUUUCUAAAUAUAUACCUUGGUUUUUAGAAUAAAAGUUUAUAAAUUGGCAGCUGGGUGAUCUCUUUGGUUUAUGAAAUAUAAAUUUUUACAGUUUAGUAGCUAGGAUUAGACUAUUGACUCCUUUUCCCCUAUCCUUUGGGUUUGCUUGUUAAAUGCAAACGUUUAAAAUUUGGCUCCUGGGAGAUACAAUUGAACCCUAUUUCCUUGGUUUAUGAAAUUCAAGUUGUUCUUUUGGGUAACUCUGCAAAUUACCCUUUUAGAUUACAAAAUGGUCUGUUAUUUAUUUUAGUUGGCUGUUGGGAGAACCAGUCAACUCCAUUGGCUUAUGCAAUACAAGUUUUUGGUGCUUCAGUUGGUAUCUAGGAGAUCUAAUCAAUCCCCUUGGAUUAUGUAAUACUAGUUGUUUUAAUUGGCAGCUGGGAGAUCCAGUUGAUUUCCUUGCUUUAUGCAAUAAAAGUUGUUGCUGUUUUAAUUGGCAGCUGGGAGAUCUAGUCAACUCCCACGGUUUAUGUAAUAUCCGCAAGAUAAGUUGUUGCUCUUAAUUGGCUACUGUAAGAUCUAAUGAAUCCUCUUGGAUUGUGUUAUUAUACGAAUUGUUUUCAUAUGCUGCUGGGAGAUCAGUGACCCACCUAAUUUAAGCAAUACAGUUUUUUGUUGGUUUAAUUGGCAGUUGGAACAUCCAGUCAUGCCCUUUGCUUCAUGGAAGAAAAGUAGUGUGUGUUUUUGGUUUGUCUUUAUUUUAGAAGCUGGUAGAUCCCCUUGGUUUGUGUGACAGGAGUAGUCCUUAAACUAUUGGUCUGGAUUUCCAGGUGUCCCCUUUGGUUUUUGUUUUUUUAAUUUGGCUGGAAGCUCCAAUUUUCCUUUUUGAUUUGCUAUGAGAUCCAAUCAGCCAUCUUGGUUUGUGGAAUAUGCUAAUGGUUUGUGGAAUAUGUUAUUGGUUUGUGGAAUAUGUUAUUUUCUUUGGCAGCUGGGAGAUACAACCAUCUCACUUAUUGUGGAAUACAAGUUCUUAUCCUUGUGGAAUACAAAAUUUCCUUUGGCACCCUGGAGAUCCAAUCGUUGUGGAAUACAAAUUUCUUUUUUGGUCGCUGGGAGAAUUAUUCAUCUCCCUCUUUGUGGAAUACAAAGUUUUUUAUUUCGCAGUUGGAAGAUCUGUUGGCCCCUUUUUGUUUUUUUGCUGGCUGGAAGAGUGAACCAUCCUCCUUGGUUUGUGGAAUACAAGUUUUUUUGGGUUUGUUUGAUUUUUUUUGGGGGGGUGUUUUUCUUUUGGGGGUGGCUCCCUGGAAGGAUCUCAUCAUCAUCCUUGGUUUGGAAUACAAAAUUUAUUGUUCCUGUUCAUUUGUGGAAUACAAGAUUUUUGGGGGGUUUUGGUGCUUGGAAGAAAUCAUCAUCAUCCUUGAUUUGGAAUACAAAAUAUCCUCUUCAUUUGUGGAAUACAAAUUUUUUUGGUGGUUUCUUUGGUGCUUCGAAGAUCUCAUCAUCCUCCUUGGUUUGUGGAAUACAAAAUUUCUCAUUCUUCAUUUGUGGAAUACAAAGUCUCUCGGGGGGGGUUUGUUUGGCGCUUGGAAGAUCUCAUUAUCCUCCUUGGUUUGGAAUAUAAAAUUUAUUGUUCUUUGUGGAAUACAAGGGAAUUUUUUUUUAUUUUUAUUUUUUGGUGCUUGGGAAGAUUUCAUCAUCCUUGGUCUGGAAUACAAAAUUUAUAUAAGGUCUCUCGGUGGGGUUUGUUUGGUGCUUGGAAGAUAUCAUCGUCCUUGGUUUGUGGAAUACAACUCAUUUGUGGAAUACAAGUUUUCUGGGCUGUUUUUUGGUGGUUUUUUUUUUUUUUUGGUUUGCUUGUUUGUGGUUUUUUUUUUUUUAUGGUGCUUGGAAGAUAUCCUCCUUGGUUUGUGGAAUACAAUUCAUUUGUGGAAUACAAGUUCUCUGGGUUGUUUUUUGGUGGGAUUUUUUUUUUUGGUUCAUUUGUUUGGUUGAUGUUUUGUUUUUUUUUUAUGGUACUUAGAAGAUCUUAUCCCGCUUGGUUUAGAAUACAAUUUUUUUUGGCUUUGUUUUCUUUCUUUUUUUUUUUCCUUGGAAGAUUUCCUCAUCAUGGUUUCAUCACAUUUGGAAUACAAAAAUUCAUCGUUCCUCAUUAGUGGAAUAUAAGGAUUUCUUUCUUGUUGUUUAUUUAUUUAUUUAUUUUUAGUGCUUGGAAGAUCUCAGCCUCCCUGGUUUGGAAUACAGUUUUUUUUUUUUGCGGAAUAUAUGUUUUUUGGUUUUUAUUUUUUGUGCUUUGGGUUUUUUUGGUGCUCGAA